AUGCCGGCGCUCAGAGGCUGGAUCUCUGUCUCAGGUUCUGAGUUUCAGACUGUGGACGUCCAGCUCGGUGAAGAAGUCACACUGCAGUGCUCCAACAUCUCCAAACAUCCAGCGCAGACAGACUGGUUCAGAGUGGUCAACAGAACUAAGCCCAGCUGUGUCUCUUCUAUGUAUGGAGCUCACACCCAAGCUUUAUUCUGUGAUGAAUUUAAAAAUAGAAAUUUUAAUAUGAGUUCCAACAUCACUUUUGUCUUCCUUAAAAUCAAGCAAGUGGAUUUAUCUGACACUGGUCUGUAUUUCUGUGGAUUUUACAUCAAUAGACAUACAAUCAUUUCCAGUGCAGUUGAGUUAAGAAUUCAAGGUGAUGAAACCAAUGAAGGAGAGGAUUUUAACACUGAAAUAGAGGAGCCCGUUAAAAUGACACAGCAGACAGCCAUCAUCCUUGGAGGUCUGACAGGUUUGCUCACUAUUGUGGUCGUUAUUCUUGGUCUAAAAAUCUGGACAUUUCAAAAAGCUGCUGGAGAACCAAAAGAAUAUAACAAGGAUGGGAGUUCAGACAAUCUGAACUAUGCAGCUCUGAAUUUCCAGAAAAAAGCCAAAAGAAGCCGUGGACCUGCAACACAGAGAGAGCUGGAGCCUCAUGUUGUGUCAUGCUCCUCACUGGGUAGCCGGAACCACAGGAUACAGAGCUUGGAUGCCUUGUUGCAAAUGUCUGAUCUGGCUGUCAAGGACGGUGGAGCAGUGUGGUUAAUCAUGUCUGACGAGCCGGGGAAAGGAGGGACAGAUUCAGUGGUGGAGUCGGAAGUGGUUGAAAACUGCAGAGAGUCCAUUGUCAUUUUAUCCCUGGCUGCUGGCUCCGUUCGGCUUUUAUGGCGCCGGGAAUUCCGCUUACGUGCCAGCGUAGCGGGUCGUGAAGGAGGUGUGCUGGGGCAUGACGAGGCCGGUGGAGGCGAAUCUGAUGCCAGGGAGAAUCCGCCCAGCUUAAUCCCUAAAGGCUGGGGCAGAGAUAAAAAGCAAACAGCAUAA